AUGGGCGACACGCGCACUCCUCUCUUAGAAAAGAAUCUUGUUGUGUCAGAGCUCGACGAACUGAACCGACUCUUCAAUAAAUGAAGGUUUUUUAGGAUGCUCUCUGCUUUAUGCGGAGGAAGUGCAAUCAUUCCAGCUGCAACGGAUUACGAACUACACUUUUCAGAACAAAGAACUGCAGAAAACUGCCUAACUGAUGACUCCUCAACUUAUGCAGCUAGGGAUAUUGUAAUGGCCUUGAGCUUGCUUGGGAUUGCAUUUCUUAUUCCUUACAGGUAUUAUUUUCUUAACUCCCCCUUGUGAGCGAGCAAAAAAUUUCGCUUGUUAAUUAAGGGUUAAUUUUUUAAAAACUUUUUUUAUAGAUUUAAAACAAUCAUAAUUUGAAAGAAAUAAAAUGGUGAGGUUGACAGAGCAGUUCAGAGCUAUCCUAAUGAAGCUGAAAGCAGGGUCUCUGUUCCUUUUGAAGUAGGCUUUCAGGUUUGGGGAUACCUUGCCGAAUAGGGAAGUUUUGUUUUUACCCCAAUGGAUUUCCUAUCCCUGCCAGAUGGGCUAGAUAGGCUUUGCCUACCACAUGGUCUUUCCUCAUAGAACCAUCAAGGCACUCUACAGGCGGUGAAUCUGCCCUAGGGAGUUGAUUACUUGGACAGGUGUUUCAGGUCGGAAAUCCAAAAUGGCGAUAUUUUGGAGCCAAGAUGGGCAGUAGCUAGUGAAUUAACCGCUUAUGGGCCAGCAUAAUAGUUUAAUUUUUUUUAAGUUUAAAAUUAAUAUAAUUUGUAAAAUUUAUAUUUACCAAUUUUUUUAAAAUUUAAUAAAUUUCAUUACUUAUAUAAUAAAUAUUUUUAAUAUAAAAAUUUUUCUCACUUACGAAAAACUAGGGGAUUUUUCCAAUGGUUUCCCUAAUAGAGAAGGAGUAAGUGAAAAAGGCACAUUCCCAGGACAUUUAGGGAACUGCCUUCUCUGAAUAAACUGACUAUUAUGCAAGUUUUUGAAAUGAGGAAAAAAGCAAGCAUGGGCGAGUGGCUGGGCGAUGACAUGAUACCAGCAAUAGUGCUUUACUGCAUUUUCCCUUACCCUUGGCUCUCUGCAACUUAUACUGUCCCUCAACAAAUUUCUUACCAAGAAGUCGAGGUCUGCUACUUCUUCGCUGAGCUGUUCUAUGCUAUCAUGUACUUUAGGAUCGUUUUCUUGAUUUUGUCUCUCUUCAACUACGGCAAAUUCCAAAACCAAGCAGCUAUGAGGUACUGUGCCAAGUUCAACGUGAAGCCUUCCCCAACUUUUUCAAUGAAAUGCUACAUCAACCAGAGGCCUCUGACUAUGCUUGCCUUAUUUUUCAUUGUGCCUGGAGUCGUUAUUUUUGGACUGAUCACAAGGAUUUUUGAAAGGCCUAUGAUGCUGCCAAACAUGGACUUUGACUAUGCAGGAAACGCUAUGUGGGGCAUUAUUAUCACAAUGACGACAGUAGGAUACGGAGACACAGUUCCUACAACUAUAUCUGGCAGAGUCGUGGUCGUUUUGAGUGCAUUUUGGGGAGGCAUCAUUCUCUCUUUAACCUCAGUGGCGAUGGGGAGCUUUUUGUUGCUUAAAAGCAAUGAAAAAAAAGCUUUGGACGGGAUCUUGCUCAGCAAAGUCGCAUCCAAAGCAAUCAGCACUGCUAUGAAAUACUAUAACUCCAAAGAGGUAGGCCUCUUAAAACGGCACGACCAAUGGAAAGAAAUUAAAACAGCUUUAAGAGACUUCAACGACUAUAAAGAAGAAAACGCCAUGACCAACACGAUUGAUUAUAAAGUGUCUGGCCUGUCCCACAGAAUAAACACCGUUGAAGCCCAGGUAGAAGACAUAACCCAAAUCUUGCAAACGGUUCACGACAAACUAGACAACUUGAUGAUCAAAGGACAAGACAAAUCAGAUAAUAAUUAA